AUGCCAAGGAGGAAACAGCAGGCGCCCAAGCGGGCAGCAGGUUAUGCCCAAGAAGACGACCUGAAAGACGAUGAAGACAUAAAAGAGGAAGAAGAGGAUGACAACGAGAGCAAUUCAACCGCUCAUCUUCAGGGCAGCAAUGACCCGGGUACGGACGAAGAACACGACGUGGGCCCUGAUCCGAAAGGAAGCUUUAGCUACCAGAAUUCUCCAGUAAGUCAUAUCUCCAACCAGGAUGUUGAAAACGAAUCACUGUUAAGUGAUGCUAGCGACCAGGUGGCAGACAUCAAAACCCUUUGCUCCAGAGAGACCCAGGACCCCAAAGCCAAUGCCCAGCCCAAACUUCCCAGCGAAGCACAUAGCUGCAUGGAUAAAAUGACAGCAGUUUAUGCCAACAUCCUUUCAGACUCCUAUUGGACAGGCUUAGGGUUAGGACUCAAGCUGUCCAAUUCCGAGAAGAGGGGGUGUGACCACAGAAACGGAGCAAGCAAAAGCGAGUUCGAUUGGCAUCAGGACGCCUUGACCAAAAGCCUGCAGCAGAGUUUACCCACCAGGCCAGUCUCCAAACCAAACCUUUUCAGCUCUGUGCAGCUCUACAGGCAGAGCAGCAAAAUGUGCGGGACUGUAUUCACGGGCGCCAGUCGAUUCAGGUGCCGGCAGUGCAGCGCUGCCUACGAUACCUUGGUGGAGCUCACGGUCCAUAUGAACGAGAGUGGUCAUUACCAAGACGACAACCAUAAAAAGGACAAGCACAGGCCUACGAGCUACUCCAAGCCCCGAAAAAGGGCCUUCCAGGACAUGGAUAAAGAAGACGCCCAGAAAGUUUUAAAAUGCAUGUUCUGUGGUGACUCCUUUGAUUCCCUUCAAGACCUAAGCGUUCACAUGAUCAAAACAAAACACUACCAAAAAGUGCCUUUGAAGGAGCCAGUCCCUACCAUUUCUUCCAAAAUGGUGACUCCCACGAAGAAACGUGUCUUCGACGUCAACAGGCCUUGCUCCCCUGACUCUACCACUGGGUCGUUUGCAGACCCCUUUUCUUCUCAGAAGAAUGCCAACCUGCAGCUGUCCUCGAACAAUCGCUACGGUUACCAGAACGGUGCCAGCUACACGUGGCAGUUCGAAGCGUGCAAAUCGCAGAUUUUGAAGUGUAUGGAGUGCGGGAGCUCCCACGAUACCUUGCAGCAGCUUACGACGCACAUGAUGGUCACGGGGCACUUCCUGAAAGUCACAAGCUCAGCCUCGAAGAAAGGGAAACAACUUGUUUUGGACCCCCUGGCUGUGGAGAAAAUGCAGUCGCUGUCUGAGGCACCGGCUGGUGACACCCCGCUUUCGAAACCUUCCAGUAACGUAGCUACAGAGCCUGUGGCCCCUCCUUCAGAGCUGAAAAAAGAAAGCAAGCAAAAUAAACCUGAGGAGACAAACAAAGAUGAGAAAGCAGUAAAGAACGAAGACUACGAAGACACCCUUCAGAAACCAAUGGAUCCUACAAUGAAGUACCAGUAUCUGAGAGAGGAAGAUUUAGAAGAUGCUUCGAAAGGCGGUGGAGACAUUUUAAAAUCUUUAGAAAAUACAGUCACUACAGCGAUCAAUAAAGCUCAAAAUGGAGCACCCAGUUGGAGUGCAUAUCCUAGCAUCCAUGCAGCUUAUCAGCUCUCCGAAGGAUCCAAACCUUCCCUACCGGUAGGGUCCCAAGUUCUCCAAGUCAGGCCAACUGUUACAAAUAAGCUGAGGCCUAUUGCCCCCAAAUGGAAAGUGAUGCCUCUGGUCCCGGUCUCAACCAACAUGGGCCAGUGCACUCAAGUGAAGAAGGAAGCAGAUGCCAAAAAGGAAGUGCAAAAGGACUAUGUUAAAGAGGGGAACAAAGUGGAUACUACCCCAAACAGCCAUAAUGAAGGAGAAACCCUCCCACAAGAUGAAGCAUGUAUAGAACCCAAAAGGUCCAAUCCAAGUCCCUUGAAGGAGGAGGACACAGCAAUAGAAGAUGAGGAGAAAGAAAAAUCAAAAACGAUGGAGCCAGCAACAUUGUCUCUCAGUAAUGGGUGUGCUGCCCCUAACCACUCCUCCGACUUGCCUUGUUUAAACCCACUGAGCGCCCUGCAAUCUGUGCUGAACAACCACUUGGGUAAAGCAAAUGAGCCUUUGAGACCUCAGUCCAAUUCCAGCCCCACUUCGAGUUCAGUCUCUGUGUUUCAUAAGCCUAAUUUAAACAUGAUGGAAAAGCCGGUUUUAUCCCCUGCCCCAACGCCAUCCAAAUCUGCAGGGGUAACAUCCAGGCGUUACGUGUUUGACAGCAACGACCAGCCAAUAGACUUGACCAAAUCUAAAAGCAAGAAAGAAGCAUCUGCUCAAUCACAAUCUUGUACCUCCCCAUCUCAGAAGCACGCACUAUCCGACAUUGCAGACAUGGUCAAAGUGCUCCCCAAAGCUACGACACCAAAACCUGCUUCCUCGUCUAGGACCCCACCAGUGAAACUGGAAUUGGACGUCCGGCGUUUCGAAGAUGUCUCAGCAGAAGUCUCCACUUUACACAAAAGGAAGGGAAGGCAGUCCAACUGGAAUCCUCAGCACCUCCUCAUCUUGCAAGCUCAGUUUGCUUCCAGCCUCUUCCAGACAUCGGAAGGUAAAUAUUUAUUGUCAGAUUUGGGCCCUCAAGAACGCAUGCAGAUCUCCAAAUUCACCGGACUGUCCAUGACUACCAUCAGCCACUGGCUGGCCAAUGUCAAGUACCAGCUCAGAAAAACCGGAGGGACGAAAUUUUUGAAAAACAUGGAUAAAGGGCACCCCAUCUUUUAUUGCAGUGACUGUGCAUCUCAGUUUAGAACCCCGGCGACGUACAUCAGCCAUUUAGAAUCCCAUCUAGGGUUCCAAAUGAAAGACAUGAACAAGUUGGCUGUGGAGCAGCAAACCAAGGUAGAGCAAGAAAUCUCCAGAGUUUCAGUUCAGAGAUCUCCCGAGACAAUAGCUGGGGAAGAGGACACAGACUCUAAGUUCAAAUGUAAGUUGUGCUCUCGGACAUUUGUGAGCAAACACGCAGUAAAACUUCAUCUAAGCAAAACACACAGCAAGUCACCAGAACACCAUUCACAGUUUGUAGCAGAAGUGGAUGAAGAAUAACUCCUAAGGUAUGCAUGCCUUAACUGCACAGCGGGUUACAAUGUUAUGCUUG